AGUCCGCAAGUAGACUGCCGCCACAAUGAUUUCCAGUCUUCCUGUUGACCGGAACACCCCGUCAGCCAUGUCUGCGUUUUCCGCCUCUCUCGCCACCGCCGCCGGACUAUCUCCGACGAAGGUCUCCGUUCCUUCAUCUCUCACUCUCUCUCGUCCGUUUGCCACUUCUUUCUCUCUUUUCUGGCCGCAAACCUCCAUUGCCUUGAAAGCUUCGCGAUUGCAAGUCUCGGAGAAUCGUGAAGUGCUGACGGAAACAAGCUCCUCGUCCGCCGCCACGGUCGCAGUGCGCAACGAAGAGUCAUUGGACUGCACCGUGUUCGAAGUGCGGGCUCGGAAUCGAAUCGGGCUGCUCCAGGUCAUCACCAGGGUUUUCAAUGUCCUGGGAUUGAAAAUCGACAGGGCAGUGGUUGAAUUCGAGGGGGAAUUGUUCGUCAAGAAGUUUUACGUCACUGAUCUCCGGGGCCGGAAGAUCGAGGACGAUGAGAAUUUGGAGAGGAUUCAGAUGGCGUUGAUGGAUGCAGUGGAGGGGGGAGGCCAUGGGGCGGUGGCGCCGAGAGUGGGAGAUGGUGGGAGAGGGGUGGCGUUUAGGAAAGCUGGGUUAGGAAUUGAUUUGGGGGACAGGAAGGGGAAGGCGGAGAGGAUGUUUGGGUUGAUGGAUGGGUUCUUGAAGAAUGAUCCUGUUAGUCUGCAAAAGGAUAUUCUGGAUCAUGUUGAGUUCACUGUGGCUCGAUCAAGGUUCAACUUUGACGACUUUGAAGCAUAUCAAGCAUUGUCGCACAGUGUAAGGGAUCGUCUUAUUGAAAGAUGGCAUGAUACACAUAUCUAUUUCAAGAAGAAAGAUCCCAAGCGAGUAUACUUCCUUUCGCUUGAGUUUCUCAUGGGUCGUUCUCUAUCAAAUAGUGUCAUAAACCUUGGCAUCCAGGACCAGUAUGCUGAUGCUUUAAGCCAGCUUGGGUUUGAGUUUGAAGUCUUAGCUGAACAGGAAGGAGAUGCCGCACUUGGUAAUGGUGGUCUAGCUAGGCUAGCAGCUUGCCAGAUGGAUUCUUUGGCAACACUGGACUACCCUGCUUGGGGUUAUGGACUACGUUAUCAAUAUGGGUUAUUCCGUCAAAUCAUAAUGGAUGGAUUUCAACAUGAACAACCUGAUUAUUGGUUAAAUUUUGGAAACCCCUGGGAAAUAGAACGUGUUCAUGUAUCAUAUCCAGUGAAGUUUUAUGGGACCGUUGAAGAGAAAGUUUCAAAUGGGAAAAAGUUUAAAGUUUGGAUACCUGGAGAAGCAGUUGAAGCAGUUGCUUAUGACAAUCCUAUACCUGGUUACGGAACACGGAAUACCAUUAAUCUGCGACUAUGGGCUUCAAAACCAAGCAACCAAUGUGACAUGGAGUCCUAUAACACUGGAGACUAUAUUAAUUCAAUUGUAAACAGACAGAAAGCUGAGACUAUUAGCAAUGUUUUGUACCCUGAUGACCGCUCUUACCAGGGCAAGGAACUACGUCUGAAGCAACAAUAUUUCUUUGUUUCAGCAUCAUGCCAAGACAUUAUUAGGAGGUUUAAAGAUCUUAAUGAUAACUUUGAACUAUUUCCAGAGAAGGUUGCUCUUCAGAUAAAUGACACCCAUCCAUCUCUUUGCAUUGUUGAGAUAAUGAGAGUGCUCGUUGAUGAAGAGAACUUUCCUUGGAGUAAAGCAUGGGAUAUUGUGUGCAAAACAUUCUCCACCACUAUUCAUGCAGUACAACCUGAAGCACUUGAGAGAAUUCCUGUAGAUCUAUUAGGCAGUAUUCUUCCACGCCAUUUGCAGAUUAUAUAUGACAUAAACUACAAAUUCAUGGAAGAGUUGAAAAAACAAUUUGGUCAGGAUUACAGUCGACUUUCUCUCAUGUGCAUCGUCGAGGAAGGUGCUGUGAAGAGUAUAAGAAUGGCAAACCUGUCUGUUGUUUGUUGCCACACUGUGAAUGGAGUUUCCAGAGUGCAUUUGGAGACAUUGAAGCAAAAAGUAUUCAAGGAUUUCUAUGAGUUGUGGCCUCACAAAUUUCAGUACAAGAUGAAUGGCGUUACACAGCGACGCUGGAUUGUGGUGAGUAAUCCAAGCUUGUGUUCAAUUAUUUCAAAAUGGCUUGGAACAGAAGCUUGGAUCAAUAAUGUUGACAUCAUAGCAGGCUUACGAGAUUAUGUUUCUGAUCCUGCCCUCCAUAAAGAAUGGAAGAUGGUACAAGAAAACUCUGCUUUAUGGCUUAUGGUGUAUUCUCUCUAUAAAAAUAUUGCUCUUUACCUGCUGUUGCAGGUCAGCUUAGAGGCAAUGUUUGACGUUCAAGUAAAACGUAUACAUGAAUUCAAGAGGCAACUGCUGAAUAUACUAGGCAUCAUACAUAGAUAUGAUUGUAUUAAGAAUAUGAAGGAGAGUGAAAGACGGAGAGUUGUACCUCGUGUAUGCAUAAUAGGAGGGAAAGCUGCACCUGGUUAUGAAAUUGCAAAAAAGAUUAUCAAACUUUGCCAUGCAGUGGCAGAAAAAAUUAACAAUGAUCCUGAUGUCGGAGACCACCUGAAACUGGUUUUUAUCCCAGAUUACAAUGUGACUGUGGCUGAGUUAGUUAUUCCUGGCAGUGAUCUUUCGCAGCACAUAAGCACUGCUGGUCAUGAGGCAUCCGGAACUGGCAGUAUGAAAUUUUUAAUGAACGGAUGUUUAUUGUUAGCUACAGCUGAUGGCUCAACGGUCGAAAUUGCUCAAGAAAUAGGAGCAGAUAACAUGUUUCUAUUCGGUGCGAAAGUUGACGAGGUUCAGACCUUGAGAGAAAAAAGAUCUGCACUCAAAGCUCCACUUCAAUUCGCACGGGUUGUCAGGAUGGUUCGGGAUGGUUAUUUUGGCCAUAAAGACUAUUUCAAAUCAUUAUGUGAUACUCUGGAAGAUGGCAAAGAUUUUUAUCUCCUCGGUAACGAUUUUGCAAGUUACUUAGAAGCACAGGGCGCUGCCGAUAGAGCAUUUGUUGAUGAGGAGAAGUGGACAAGGAUGAGCAUUCUGAGCACCGCCGGAUCUGCUAAGUUCAGUAGUGAUAGAACCAUUAAAGAAUAUGCCGAGGAGACAUGGGGAAUCGAACCGUGCAAAUGCCCAUAUUGACCGCAGUCAUACCAUGACAGAUGACACCAAGGUUGACACCGCCACAGACAAUGACACUCUUAUCGACAAUGACUGUCUGUGUGGUUGUCUCUGCUGGUGUCAUUAUGUCAUCGCCGGUGUUAUCAUCUCCGGUGUGUUGUUUGUUGCUGGCAGAUGUUACAAGCACAGUAAUAAGGUUUCUUGUCAUCCCAAGGUGAGAUUAGAAAGUGAGUCUGCAAUUUUAAGGUUAAAAACAUAGUGGUUCUUGUUAUGUAAGAGUAAGGGUGUUCUCUUGUUCAUUUUUUUUUUUUUAAAUUGUUCCACUCGGUCCUUAUUUAUAGGGCACCAUAGGAUGAUCUUGAUUCCUACGUAUAAUUUGUAGUG